CGUCGGUUCAACCAAUAGAAUCAAGGCAGGGGGCGUGGCGGGAAGUUUGAAACUCGGCGUCGGGAGUUGAGGCUUGAGCUUGUGUGCAUCCCGAAGAGGAAUUGGGGCCCGGCGUCCCCGCCUCGCCCCGGGCCGGGCCCCACCUUAUUUCUCCUGGUUGAGAUGGGCUCAGCCAAGAGCUCCCCGGUCACUCCGGCGCGGCCUCCGCCGCACAACAAGCUUCUGGCCCGAGUGGCGGAUCCCCGUUCACCUAGUGCCGGCAUCCUGCGCACUCCCAUCCAGGUGGAGAGCUCUCCACAGCCAGCCCUACCAGCAGAGGAGCAGUUGGAGGGUCCUAAUGAGGUCCAGGACUCAGAUCCCCGCUCUCCUACCCUUGGCAUUGCACGAACACCUAUGAAGACCAGCAGCGGAGAGCCCCCAAGCCCACUGGCGAAACAGCUGAAUGAAGUCUUUGAGACAGAAACCUGCACAUUGAAUCUUCCCUCAGAGACCGUUCUGCCCCUAGAGGCAACUUCAUCUUCUGAAUUGGACUUGCCUCUGGGCACCCAGUUUUCCCUCGAGGACCGGAUGCCACUCUGGAGCAAGACUGAGCUCCCCUCCAAGCAGGUGUCCUCCUCCAAGGAGGAAGCAGGACAACCCUCACAAACCCCCACGGCCAGCCAGGGCUCAGACAAGCCCUUAAGAGACCCUGAGACUCCCCGACCUUCAGGUUCUAAGCACAAUAGACGGAAAGCAAAUGGCAAGGUACCAGGGAGAUCUCCCCUCACCAUCCUGCAGGAUGACAACUCCCCCGGAACUCUGACACCGCGACAGGGUAAACGGCCUCCUCCCCUGAGUGAAAAUGCUAGGGCACUAAAGGAAGGCGCCAUUCUGGGAACUGGACGACUUCUGGAAACCGGAAGCCGAGUGUGGGAGGAGGGCCAGGACCAGGACAAGGAAAAUCAGCACUUUCCAAACUUGGUGGAGAACUAGGCCGUGCAUGGCCCCAGAGCUGGGCUCACCAGGGGCCUGGUAAUGUUGUGUCCUCACAGCCCCUUCUUUCCCUAGGAGACUGGAAAGGCUCAUCUUCCACUCCCCCUAAAUUACCAAAUCGGGGACUGAGCACUUUCUUAGACCUUAUUUGUGUCUUGUGUGUUUCUUGUAUAUUAAAGAAAGUGAUUUUAAAUUA